UCAGCAAGCUGCUUUAAGAAAUGGUUGUAUAAAAAGGCUGAGACAAAUCCAUGCUGGCCUGCAGACACGCAAUGACACUCAGACCCCCUUAAAGCAAACAAACCAUCAGCCACAACUCCAGCCCCACAUAAGCAGUAAAAUGGCAAAAUGGUACCAACACCAGCUGGAGGAUUGUUCCCUGCUCCUCUUGACCCAUCUGAUGGAGCUCCAGGAGGUCCAAGCUUCUGCAGUACUGCCAGCACUGAUGGACGAGUGUGCACAGCGUGUCCAAGCUCUGAGAGAUGACUAUGAAUCCGAACUUCAAGCACAGCGCUACACCAACCUACUCCAACUGAUCUCAGAUGCGCCUCUUACUUCAGGCUCUAUACUCGCUCCUUAUCCAAACUUAACCAAAAAUAGCAGCAAUGAGAAAAUCACAGCUCAGUCCUGCUGCAGUGGGCCGGUCGAUGCUCAAAACAGCAGCUAUGCACCAGCUGAAGCUCCGACAGUGGAUUCAAUCAGAGAACUAAAUGUGGUGCCAGCUACAGAAUAUACUGACAAACAGGAUGUCUGCACAGGUUGUGGGUCGGUCAUGGAGGACCUGCCCUACUUGGAGAUCUUGUGUGUAUCAGAUGCAACAAGUAAUACUCUUCAGAGUCUCGCCGCAGACGGAAGAGCCCAGGAAGAAGAAGUUGGCAGUGCAACAAAAAGCCCCCAGAGUUAUGAGAAACAGGGCUCACUGAUCGCCUUUGCUUGGAGCAAACCACCAGAGGAUGACGCUGACUAUGAGGCAGCAGGGGCUGCAGUCGGAGACCAGAGCCAGGAUGUACAGCCAAGUGACACAAGCGGUACAGUCGAAGACACACAGUGCGAGGAGACUUCUGGAGAGAGUGACAGAGAAGAGAUGAAACCCAUUCUGUUCCACUCUGAUCCUGACGCACAGUCUGCAGACCAGCAGUGCAGCACAGUAAGACAGUUGACCUUGGAGGAUAGAGCAAUAACUGAUCAAUCAGAGAAGGGAGAUUCUGAAUGUGAGCUGCACACACAUGCUCUGGUAGCAGAGACCCUGCAGGCUGCAGAGCCACAUCUCUUGGUUGACCCUCCUGAGAUUAAGCGGCGUGAUGGUGACUUCUGCUCUGAACUGAUGAAUGAGACAGCUAAUGUGGACAGAGAAGGGCUUGAGGUGGAAAUGUGUCCCACUGAGCUCUGGGACCUGAGAGGGCAUGCUGAGUACCAGGAAUAUAAUUCACAAGCCACAGUUGACUGUGGCCCUGCAGAGAUGGAGGCAAUGAGAGAAUCCACGCUGAUGGAGAGAGAGCGGGCAAGAGAGCCAGUUUCUGCAAUGGAGAGAGAAAGAACAAUGCGCAACCUGGUGGAUAUGCAAAGGAAGGUCGAACAGAGGCAGCAGAGAGAUAAGGAGAGACAACUGCUGAGGGUUCAGGAGCGUCUGUCGAUCAUCCAGAACAGGAAGGCAGAGGAAGAUCUGCUUGGCUUGAAAAACACAGACAGGUUAAGACACCUCAUCCAAGAUCUACCACAGGAGGAUAAGAACCAGCAGAAGACAGUUGUCAGAGAGCGACUGGAGCAGCUGAGAAGAGAGCGCUCCUAUGUCAUGCAGUCAAAACGAGACAGGAAUACUGCAGGAUUUAAGGAACUCCUGGGUCCAGUAGCUCUCCACAGCAGAGAAACUGAUGAUGGAGCAGACUGAGAAACUACAGCUGUAUAAAUUCAUGUCUAGUUCAUACUUGUCAUUAAUUGUAUGGUUUUCUAAUGAUGUAUUAUCUAUUAAGCCACAUUGUAUUCAAGUGCAAUGCUGCUGAUUUUGUAUCGCAGUGGCCUUCCUGUUUAUGGCCACACUU